AUGUCUUCCUACCGCUCGGCGGACGACCUGCUGACGGAGAUCGACCUGUCGAUCUCGAAGGAGGGCGUCGGCGCGGAGGACCUGCUCGAGAGCCUCCGGGACGUGGCCCGUCGGAGCCCGCGGACGGGGAGCAACCGGUUCUACAACCAGCUCUUCGGCGGUCGGGACGCGGUUGCGGUGGCGGGCGACCUGCUCGCGACGAUCCUGAACAACUCGAUGUACACCUACAAGGCGGCGGGCGUGCACGGGCUGAUCGAGCGCGAGCUGGUGGACCGGAUGUGCAGGCACGUCGGGUUCCACGACGGCGAGGGGGUGUUCGCGCCGGGCGGUUCGAUGUCGAACCUGCAGGCGAUGAUCGUGGCGCGGAACGAGGUGCUCAGCGGCACGCUGGACACGGGCCUGGACGGGACGAGGGCGUGCGUCUACGUCUCGGCCGAGGGGCACUACUCGGUCAACAAGAUGGCGCAGAUCGUGGGGAUCGGGCACGAGAACGUGCGCCCGGUGCCGGUGGACGGCCGCGGGCGGAUGCGCGUGGACGAGCUCGAGAAGAUGAUGGACGAGGACGCGGGCAAGGGGAUCGUGCCCUUGAUGGUGGUGAUCACCGCGGGGACGACGGUGCUCGGGGCGUUCGACCCGAUCCGCGAGACGGUCGAGGUCGCGAAGAAGCACGGGGCGUGGGUGCACAUCGACGGGGCGUACGGCGGGUCGAUGAUCCUCUCGGAGAAGUACAAGGGGCUCAUGGACGGGUGCGAGCUGGUGGACUCGAUCACGUGGGACGCGCACAAGAUGAUGGGCGUCCCGCUGGUGUCGUCGGUGAUCCUGGUCCGCGAGAAGGGGAUGCUCUGGCGCAACUUCAACGAGAACGCGUCGUACCUCUUCCAGGAGGACACGGACGAUCUGAACUUCGGGACGCGCUCGCUCCAGUGCGGGCGCCGCAACGACUGCCUGAAGCUCUGGGCGGCGUGGAAGUACAACGGCGACGUCGGCUACGCGGCGCGGAUGGACCAUCUGGUGGAUCUCGCGCGGUUCUUCGCGGGCCUCGUCGAGGACGACCCCGAGCUGACGCUCACGAAAUCGCCCGAGAGCACGAACGUGUGCUUCGAGGUGACGGGCAAGGGCAGCGCGGCGAUCUGCGAGACACUCCGCAAGCAGGACCGGCUCAUGCUCGGAUGGGGCGUGGUCGAGGAGCGCCGCGUGAUCCGCGUGCCGUUCGUCAACGGCGAUAUGACCCGUGACGACGCGCGGAUGAUGCUCGACGAGAUCAAGACGGUGGCGUCGGAGCUGGGGCCGCAGGACAACGCGGUCGAGGCGCCGGUGAUCGAUAUCGCGUCGUACGAGCUGCCGGCCGGGGGCCAGGCGAUGCUCGCGGGCGGGUCGGGUUCGGGCAAGAGCACGCUUUUGCAGCUCAUCGCGGGCCUGCUGGACCCGGACGCAGGAUCUCUGCACGUCGGCGGGACGGACAUCCACGCGAUGAGCGGCGCGAAGCGCGACCUGUACCGGGGCAAAGCGAUCGGCGUGAUCUUCCAGACGUUCAACCUGCUCGACGGGUUCACGGCGGUGGAGAACGUGAUGGCGGCGCUGAUGUUCUCCGACAUCCCGCGCAAGGAGCACAAGCCCCGCGCCGAGGAGCUGCUCGCGCACCUGGGGAUCGAUCGCCCGCACGCGACGCCGGGCGAGCUGAGCGUGGGCCAGCAGCAGCGCGUGGCGGUGGCGCGGGCGGUGGCGUGCGACCCGGUGCUCGUUCUGGCGGACGAGCCGACGGCGAGUCUGGACCCGGAGAACGCGCGGAUCGCGAUGGACCUGAUCCAGUCGACCUGCAAGGAUCGCGGCGCGGCGCUGCUCUGCACGAGCCACGACCCGAGCGUGUGGGAGCGGUUCGAGACGCGGGCCGAGCUGGCGACGCUCAACGGCGCGCGGAUGUUCUCGACGGUGACGACGAGCCUGACGGUCGCGGCCGCGGUGGCGUUGCUGCUCGUGAUGCUGGGCCUGCGCGAUUCGGGUCGCGAGGCGUUCCAGCGCGGCUCGGGGAACAUGCACCUGCUGAUCAGCGCCGAGUCGAGCGAGAUGGACUCGGUGCUGAACUCGAUCUUCUACGCGGGGGCGCCCGGGAACUUCAUCCGGUGGGCGAAGUACGAGGAGAUCGCGGACAGCCAGCCGUGGGCGUACGCGAUCCCGGUGCAGAUGGGCGACAGCUACCGGGGCCUGCCGGUGCUCGCGACGACGCCGGAGUUCUUCGAGUUCUUCGAGCCGGCGCCGGGCGAGCCCUGGGCGCUGGCGGAGGGGCGGUUCAUCGAGGGGACGUGGGACAUCGUCGCGGGCGGCGCGGUCGCGAGGGCGACGGGGCUGUCGGUGGGCGACACGAUCUACCUGACGCACGGCGUCGCGGACGCGCCGGGCGCGCACGUGCACAAGGAGUUCGAGUUCAACGUCGUCGGGAUCGCGGCGAUGACGGGCUCGCCGCACGACCGGGCGCUGUUCUGCACGCUGGACGCGAGCUGGAUCCUGCACGCGCACGACCGGCGUCUCGCGGAGGACUCGCGGGCGAGCGUCACGACGCUCGAGGACAUCGUCGAGGACGACAAGAAGAUCACGGGGAUCUACGCGCGGGUGUUCACGCGCCCGGGGCGCGAUUCGAGCGCGGCGUUGCAGUCGGUGCACUACCAGCUGCGCACGGACCCGUCGAUCAUCGCGGUGUCGCCCGCGGACCAGAUCGGGAAGCUGCUCGGGAUCGUCUCGAACAUCGACCAGAUCUUCCUGGCGAUGGCGGGCGUGGUGCUCGUCUCGAGCGGAAUCGCGAUCAUGCUCGCGCUGUACAACUCGAUGGAGCAGCGGCGGCGUCAGAUCGCGGUGCUCCGCGUGCUCGGGUGCAGCAAGGGGCGGGUGUUCUCGAUGGUGAUGACCGAAUCCGCGAUGCUCGGGCUCGCGGGGGCUGUGGCGGGUGUGGUCGUCGCGUUCGUCGGGGCGCAGGUGGUCGCGGGGGUCAUGAAGGCGCGGCUCGGGCUCGUGAUCGAGCCGGGGCUCGGGAUCGAGUGGAUCCUCUUCUCGGUCGUCGCGACCGUUCUCCUGUCGGCGGCCGCGGGGGUGGAUGAGGGCGUGAAGGUUUUCUGGAGUUUGAUUGGGCUGCUGGUGGUCGGGACGGUGGUUGCGUUUUUGGUGCGCGGGAGGGAAGACAAGGCACCAGCCAUCAGCCAUCAGGCAUCAGUGGAAGAGAGCUCGGCAGUCGGCAAUCGGCAGUCGGCAGUCGGUGGGGUUGAUCGCGAGAUCCCGGAAUCCCGGAUUCCCGGAAUGGCGGAAUCCCCUGAUUCCCCUGACAACCCGCUCGCGCGACGCGUGCGCACGGAUCACGAACACCAGGAAGGCGCCGAGCCCGCGGUGUUCGACGGCGACUUCAUGGGGAUGCUCUUCGGGAAGGACGACGCGUCGGCUUCGGCUCCGGUGACGGCGGAGCAGCGGGCGCUGGACGAGGCGUCGAAGAAGGCGGAGCUGGUGCGGCUCGACGGGAGCUCGAUCGAGCUGGACGGGCGCUUCACCGUGCGCGGGAAGGGGAGCCCGGAGGACCCGUACGUGCUGCCCUGGGAGCUGCUCGUUUCGGCGCGGGAGGUGUACGUGCCGAAGGAGGAUCGGCGGGUGAUCCCGGGGCGGGUGGGCAUGUUCCAGGGGGCGUGGGUGGAGAUCACCGGGUACAUCAUGCUGCCGACGGUGCGGGACCGGGUGCGGGAGUUCGUGGUGAUGGAGAGCGAGUGGGACGGGUGCUGCAUCGGCAUCCCGCCGACGCCGUACGACUCAAUCGAGGUGACGCUCGCGGAGGCGCGGGAUUUCUCGCUCUCUGGCCAGCAGUACGCGACGGUGCGGGGGCGGAUGGUGGUGGACCCCUACCUCUUCGGCAACCGGAUGCUGGUCGGGCUGUACGCGAUCGAGGCUGACCCGUUUAUGCGCUACUUCUGGUCGAUCAUCGCGUUGCUCGUGGUUGUCACGGCGGUCGUGUUCAUGACCCGCGGCGGGAGCAGUUCGCCCGCGCCGUCGAUGCCGCCUCAGCAGUCGCAGCGGACGUCCCCUCGCUCGACGCCGCCCGUGCGCGAAGCGCCUGAAACCGUCGAGCGGGCGCCGGUGACGGUCGCGGAGCCGCAGGUUGAGGAGCGCGUCGCGACGAAUGAGCCGUCGACACCCAGCCUGGACGUCGACGAGCUGCUCGGAACGGACGCGCCGGCCGCGGAGGACGUCGCGCUGCCGGACGGGGAAUCGCCGGCGCUGGACGAGAUGACGGAGAUCGUCGAGACGCUCGACGAGGCGACGCCGGACGCGGACGAGGCGAUCCGGGGGGCGUACACCUACAGAACCGAGGAGUUCGUCGGGCCGCUGGGCGAGGGGAUGGAGGCGCCGUCGCUCGCGCAGGCGGCGGAGACGAACCCGGAGACGGGGCACUCCCCGAACCAGUACCUCGAGCAGCUCCGCGCGGCCCGCGCGAAGCGGGACGCGGAGAACGCGGCACGACGUGCCGCGUCCGCGUCGAGCGGCACGCCCGUGAUCGACCCGAACGUCUCGUGGGAGGAGAUCGAGAUCGACGACGGCGUGACGAUCAAGCGCCGCAACACGGACGGGGCGUACCUGCUGGACAACCGGCACCUCGUCUACGGCGAGGGGACCAGGGAGAGCCCGCUCGAGUUGACGUGGGACAUGCUGUACUCGGUGCGCGAGACGUACCGCCCGCGCAAAGGGCUCGAGGAGCUGCCCCAAUGGACGAGCUGGCUCGACGGGAAGCAGGUGCGCAUCACCGGGUUCAUGGCGACGGCGGUGUUCGCGAGCGACGUGGACGAGCUGCUCAUCAUGAAGAACGAGUGGGACGGCUGCUGCAUCGGCGUGCCGCCUACGCCUUACGACGCGGUGGAGGUCACGCUCGUGGAGAAGAUCAAACUCACGGCGGGGAUGAUGAGCUUCGGGACGAUCUCGGGGCGGCUGGAAGUGGAGCCGUACCUGGUGCGGAACUGGUUGGUGGGGUUGUACCUGCUGGAGGAGGCGACGGUGGAGGAGAGCGGCCGUUCCCAACUCGACCUCCGCCCCGAGCACAGCGCGACCAGCCCGCUCUCCGUCCACGCGAUGACGGUGGCGUACCACCGCAAGCCGGUGUUGUGGGACGUGGACUACGACGCGCCGCGCGAGAAGCUCGUCGCGAUCGUCGGGCCGAACGGGGCGGGGAAGAGCACGUUCAUCAAGGCGUGCCUCGGGCUUGUCCCGAUGGCGUCCGGGCGCGUGGAGUUCUGGGGGGAGACGCUCUCGCGGGCGCGCCGGCGGAUCGGGUACGUGCCGCAGCGGGAGACGGUGGACUGGGACUUCCCGGUGAGCGCGCUGGACGUCGUGUGCAUGGGGCGGUACCGGAAGAUCGGGUGGUUCCGUCCCGUGUCGCGGUCGCACAAGGAGGCGGCGCGCGAGUGCCUGGCGCGGGUGGGGAUGGAGGCGUUCGCGGAGAGGCAGAUCAGCCAGCUCUCGGGCGGUCA